AGAUGACUCUGACAAUGAGAAUAUAGAUUUAGAUGACUUUUUUCAGCAGCUUGAUACUGAAGGGCGAGUCUAUUGGGCAGAACCCAUCCAGUUGUCCAAUCCAACCCCUGAAGCGUCAGGAAGCUUUGAAAUCUCAGAUGGAACUCCUGGAAAUCUUCCUGUAGAUUCAUUUUCUUCCACAGGCAAUGCCAUCCCUUUACCGAUGUCAUACUCAGCGAACACAGACAGAGGCCAGACCUCAAGAGCUGCAAAUGGCUCCUUGGAUGUACCUUCCUCACUGACAUCCAUAUCCCAGUCUGCAAUCCCGAAUGUCAGACCAUCAAAUCGUUCUGUUUCGGUUCAAAUGCCGUCAUAUCUGUCUUCUCAUAUUGUCCACAGAAAGGAUGUUCCAUACACUCCUGAGUCAAAAAGCACUCGUCUCCCUAUCAUUCUACCUUUGGACACCUCCAGCCCCUUUCGUGCUGUCCAGUCAUGGACAGACCUGCAAAUUCAGCGCAAUACUCUGACCAAGAAUUUAUCAUAUGGGGCUCUUCAUGCUGUUCCAAACAAAACAAAUUUGUGCAUGAGUUGCCCAGGAAUGACACAAAGACCAACACAUCAAGAGCUCUUCUCUUCAUCUCCUUCUUUCUUUCACCUGUCUAAUAAUUGGAAAUCACAGGAGACUAUCCCUGAGAUGGCUAUAAAUUGUAAGCCAGAGUCAGUAUCUGUAGAUACAGGAUUGUGGCCGGAUGAGCAGGAAGAAGACAUGAACAGAAAUGGAAAUGAAACUCAGAAGCAACUUUGGGAGGGCAAUCAGCAAGACACCAUGGCAUGCUGCUGCUCCUGUGACCAUACCUGCUGUAUUCACAAGAGUAACAACAAGGAACCCACUUUCGGAAACAGUCCUUACUCUCUGGAUGAGCUGGAGGAGAUGUUGCUGUGUCUGCAGCAGUUUUGGUCUGUGCUAAGUAACAUGGAGGAGCAACUCUCUGAAGACCAGGCUGCUGUGUUCAGUUGUCUCUCUGACCAGGACAGAGAGAAGAUUCGGGACAUCGAAGAGCUGAGGCGUGCAGUAAAACGAGAGGCUGGUGAGCUGGAGAGGCAGUUAAAAGAACUGGCCUAUGAGUAUGAUGAAAGCUUGAAAAUGAAGAUGCACAGAUUGCUGGAUGAACAGUCUCUCCUCUGCUCUCAACUUAAAGUCUUUCUACCUGGAACAGUCCCCACACCAUCAUCUAAACCAAUGCCCAACAGGACAGUAGCCACUCAGUGCUCUUUGCUACCCUUGCUCACGGCAGCUGACAUACAGAGUAGCCACAUUUCUGAUUGGAAAGGCUGGAAGACUCUGAAACCUGGACUGGAUUCCAACAGACAGUCACUUCCUGGGUCUGAGAGCAUCUGUGAUGGUCAGGGCGGCUCUCCCACCAAAGCAGACAAGCUAGACAUAGUAGGCUUCUUGCAGAGACUGAAGGAGACUUUGCAUCAUUCUGUGAACACAGACCCAUCAGAAUAAGAGGUGUCAGGAACAUUGUGUGAUGCACACCUAUGUUUUGUCAAUAUUCCAUUCUUUCAAAGCCUUAUUGUAUGAGAUGUGCAGUUUUAGUGUUUACUUAGUAUUUCUGUCAUUUUCGCUUUUACUGUUUGUGUCAGUAUAAUGGAUCUGCUAACAAGACAACCAAAAGAAAGUGAAAAGGCAUAGCAUAUCAAGUUUUACAAGAAUGAUGUUUGUUUUUUAAGAUAAAGCAUAGCAAUAUAAUUGUGACUUAAUUCAUUAAAUAUAGUAUGUUUGGCAAGUUUUUAUAU